UCUGUAGGGUCCACAACGAUUACACUUACAAGGGGCCAAUCUGUCACCAUGAGGCUGUUGCUUCCCAACCCAGGACUGGAUGACCGGAUCCAUAGCUAUGAGGACCUGGAGAGGAUUGACAAAGAGGAGGCUGAGGACAGGCCUAAAUGGGACAAUAAGGCUCAGUACAUCUUAACCUGUGUGGGUUUUUGCAUUGGGUUGAGUAAUGUGUGGAGAUUUCCUUAUUUGUGUCAGAGUCAUGGAGGAGGUGCAUUUUUGAUUCCCUACCUGAUCCUAGUGGUUCUGGAAGGAACACCUCUCCUGUUUAUGGAGUUUGCCCUUGGCCAGCGCAUCAGGAAAGGCAGCGUGGGAGUGUGGAGGGCCAUCAACCCCUAUCUGACUGGUAUAGGUAUUGGCUCUAUGCUGGUGUCCUAUUUGAUCUCCCUGUACUACAACACCAUAAUAGCCUGGAUCAUGUGGUAUCUCUUCAAUUCCUUUCAAGACCCCCUGCCUUGGACCCAGUGUCCUCUCAAUGAAAACAGGACUGGUUAUGUACCAGAGUGUCAACAGAGCUCCACUAUGGAUUAUUAUUUUUACAGAGUGAAUCUGAAUAGUUCAGCCUCUAUAGCUGACUCUGGAGGUCUCCACUGGCCCGUAGUGGUUUGUCUUUUGGCUGCCUGGACUGUCCUCUGUAUUUGCUGCAUAAGGGGGAUCAGCACUUCCGGAAAGGCAGUGUACGUCACAUCCAUCCUGCCUUACAUUGUGCUGGCCAUCUUCUUGAUCCGAGGAUUGACUCUUAGAGGCUCCAUAAGUGGAAUUAUCUUCCUUUUCACGCCAGAUUUGAGUGAGUUAAUAAAUCCAACAACGUGGCUGGAUGCAGGGGCCCAGGUCUUUUAUUCCUUUGGUGUGGCAUGGGGAGGCCUCAUUUCCUUCUCAAGCUACAACUCUGUUCAUAACAACUGCAUGCAAGAUGCACUGAUCCUAUCUGCUGUCACUGCCUUCACUGCCAUCUAUGCUGCUACAGUCACCUACACCGUCAUUGGCUUCAGGGCCACACAGAAAUAUGAUGCCUGUAUCAGUGAAAAUAUCAGGACUUUAUUAAAUGCAUUUGACCUCCCUGAAGGCAACAUAACUACGAGCAACUAUGAUGAAGCCUUUAAUCGUCUCAACAGCAGCCAUCCAGACACCAUUCUUCAACUGGAUAUUGAAAUCUGUGAUAUGCACAAAUUUCUUAGUGAGGGAGUGGAGGGAACAGGUCUGGCCUUCAUUGUGUUCACUGAAGCCAUCACUAAGAUGCCUGGGUCCCCAGCCUGGGCUGUGCUGUUUUUCGUCAUGCUUUUGUGUUUGGGUCUGUCAUCUCUAUUUGGCAGCAUAGAAGGAGUGGUGGUUCCAUUAGAGGACCUGGGUGUUUUCCCUAAAAAAUGGCCUCAUGAAGCAGUCAUGGGAACAACAUGUGCUGUGUCUUUCAUCAUCGCCCUCCUGUUUGCGCUGCAAUCUGGGGUUUAUUGGGUAUCUCUGUUUGACACCUUUGCUGGAUCUGUUCCACUUCUGACCAUUGGAGUAGUUGAGAUGAUAGUUGUUGUUUACGUUUACGGUAUAGACAGGCUUAAUGAGGACAUCAGGUUUAUGAUCGGACAUAAACCCACCAUCUUCUGGCAGGUCACAUGGAUGGUCAUCAGUCCUCUGAGUAUACUGGUCAUCCUAGUGUUUUAUCUGGUGACUCAAGCGCAGGAAGAGCUGACAUAUUUAGUCUGGGAUCCUGACUCUGAGGAGUUUCCAUCACUGUCAUCAGUUCCUUAUCCAUCAUGGAUCAACAUAAUCAUCUUUCUUUUGGCAGGAGUUCCCAGUCUGACAAUACCAGUGUAUGCUUUAUGUAGACUGAUCUUUGUUAGCUGCAAGAAAACAAGAUGA